UAUGCCACAACUGAAUGAGCAUCAUUUAUAACUUUGCCAUAAGGACAAUGGUGUUUGUAAUUUGCUUAUAGAUAUCCAUAAGCUCAAAACAAAUAUAAUCAUGAAUGUUAAUCUAUAUUGGGAACAUAAUGUAAAGUGUGAAUUUUGUGAAGCAGCAUUUGACAAUCAAGAUACACUGAAACAACAUCUGAGGCUUCAUUCCCGACGAAAACCAUAUAAAUGUGAUGAUUGUGGAGCAAAAUUUUCAUACAAUAGUACACUUGAGUGGCACAAAAGGAGUCACACUGGGGAGAUGCCAUUUAAGUGUGAUGAAUGUGGUGCUCAGUUUCUACAAAACAGCAUGUUAGUCUGGCAUAUGAGGAAACACAGAAUGGGAGAGAGUUCACAGAAUUCUGCACUUGUUGUGAAUAUGACAAAUAUUUACCAUCAACAGGGUGUCCAUAACUUUCCCAAUAUAUUAAAUUUACCAAACUUGGUGAAUGCAGUAAGCACUGUGCCCACUAACAUUGUGGCCACAUGCUCCACAGGACCCACAACUAGCAUUGCACCACCAUCAAAUCAUCAUAUGGUUAAUUCUGUUUCUUCCUAUCCUAUUGCUGCUACAGGCUCUUCUCAGCCUUCAUUGUUAACAGAUUUGUCAGGUAAAAGAAAACCUGUAGAAGAUGCAACUUACAGAUGUGAUAUAUGUGGUACUAUGUUAAUGCACAGUUCUGAUUUAAAAGCUCAUAUGGAUACCAAACACAACAUGGGUGAAAAUAAUCCUUUUUACCUUCUUGCUAGGCAACAACAAGCAAAUGGUGAGCUUGCACCAAGAAAAAAAAUCAUAUUAGAAAAACCUUUUAAAUGUGAUCUUUGUGGUGCUGGUUUCAACACUGAAGGUCAUCUGAAAAGUCAUCGGCAAAAGCAUACUAUAGAGCGGCCAUAUAAAUGUGAAAAAUGCGGUCUAACAUUUUCUGAUCGAGCUAUUUUAGAGUCACAUGAACGGAGACAUCAAGCAGAAAGACCAUACAAAUGUGAUCGCUGUGGAGCAGCUUUUUUCAGAGAGACUCACUUGCAAAGACAUACCAAAAGGCACACAGGAGAGCUUGUGUAGUAGAUAUAGUUUGUGAGUGUACAUAAUUAUUAUUGUUCAUUAAAAAUAAUAAUUAUUCCAAAACUGUAAAAUUAAUAUAUUAGUUCAUGUCAUAUAUAAUGUUCUAUUUUUCCAGUGCUUCUAUUUUAUAGGUGCUUUUCAGCUCCUGAAAGUUUUUGUAUUCUUUAGCAUAUUAUCUCAUUAACUAAACUGACUACAGUCAGUCAGACAGUAAAACAGAGAGAGAAUGAGUGAGUUAAGUGACAUUUAUAAUUCACGGUUGCAAUCCUGAAAACUGUGCUAUCCAUGAUUUUAACAACCCAUGGACUGAAGAACAUAUGGGAAAAACAGGGUUGUAUUCCUCAGACCUCAUUGAGAGCCAUAAGAAAAUUUUUUAAUGUCUUAACCCUUUGACUGUUGCAACCCCAAAUCCUGAAGUGUCUCCUGGUGUUGCAAAAUAUUUGAAAAAAUAAAAAAUCUAAUGAAAUGAAAGAGAAUCUUUUCCCAAUGAUAAUGACACCAAAAGUACGAAAUUUGAUGGAAAACUUAUGGAAUUACGCUCUCGCGAAAUUAGCGACCUUGGCGACACUUACGCAUGCGAUUUUGCCCACUUUGAGCCCUAUUUUCGGCCAAUUCCAUUGUUCCAGUCAACUAAACUCAUAGUUAGUUCUUUAGAACUCCAUUUGUUCUACCGAUUGAGUACAAGAAACCACCCAUUUACUGAUUUCAACUUCCCAAUAAAGUGGUCAGAAAUUGGUAAUUGGCCAAUUUCAUGCAAAUUAAAAAAAUAUGUCAAUUUCAAAAUAGGGUCCAGAAUGAACAAUGCAGACAUUCCUGGCACUAAAAUAACACUUUCUCUGUUCAUCAGUCACGUCUCCAGGCCCCUGUUAUAAUACUCUUGCUUUCAAUUUUGAAUUUUUAUUCACACAAAAAAUAGAAGAUUUACUGUUAUGCAGACUACUAUAAUAUUGUAAUAAUUGUAUAAAUAAUGUCAACCCAUUCGUGACUGCGUAUUAGAAUGGCUAGUAGGACAUUUAUUGGACAACGACAUCAUUUGUUUACUCUUGAACUUGGCAAAAAUCAAACAUUUCUGCUACUUUGAGCUCCAUUUCAAGAUCCUUUUCAUAGUAAAACUAAUAAAAAUCACUUCUAUUUCUAUAAUAUGUUUUCCAUUCUAUGAAAUGAGUCCUAGAAAACAAGAAUACAACCAUAAACACUACAAAAAUACACCUCAAAGUCGGCGUUUUAAUCCAAAAACACAGUCGGAGUUUUUUUUUCUCAUUAUGCACUGCGUGCUGCAGGAUUUUUUUUAUACUGUGUACACUGACCACACAGACCCAUUCUCUCAUAUGUGGGCCUACCAGUUUUUCCUGCUUGAUUUGAAGCUGCUAGAAUUUUUGAGAGUGUAUAUGUCAAACACAUUGGCUCGUAAGAUGUAUAUAUACGACUGAAACAGUCAGAGGGUUAAAAUAAUAGUGUUUCUUGCAUAUCAUUGUCACUGAUGAUGCUGUGAAAUACCUGAACUAUAGUGAGGUUCAGACAAUUAAAAGAAAGAGUAUAUUUAUAAAACAUGGUUACAUUAAUACUGUACAUUAUUUGUUACUUACCUUCAAGUUGAGCUUGGGCUGUUUAACAUUUUGAAGUGAGUGGAAAGACUGGCUGUAACUGUACUUGGCCAAUGUUGAAAGUUAGGGAUCUUGUGAUGUUGAAGACUAGGAAUUGUGAUGUUGAAGAUUAGGACUCAUGUGAUGCUGAAGAUUAGGGCUCUUGUGAUGUUGAAGGUCGGGGAAUCUUGUGAUGAUGCAGCUUUAUCAGUUGAUUGUUACAGUGAAGUCCUCAGGUACUCAGUCAUACUGCUGGUUUGUUUUACCCUGAAGUUCUUUAUACAGCAGAUGAUAAGGCCCAGGCACAUGCUCCAGAGCAUGCUUUAAGAUGAGUCAUGGUCCUUUUCAGUAAAGGUUGCGGCUUUACCAUUAGUGUGCAGUGACUGAUUUAUCUCUUAAAUUUAAAUUAUUUAUUUGAGCUACAAUUACAGUAGUUGUACAUUCAAAAUGAUUUAAUUUUGAGUUUGAUCUUAUUAUAAUACAUAUAUAGCUUGACUCACGAAAUUAUGACACGAUUGCAAACAAACCAUACCACGGGCGAGGAUACAAUACAUGUAUAAGGUUCAGAAGAAAGUCACUAAUUAUGUAAUUAUUGGGCAAACUAAUUAUAAGGCUUGCAUACUGUUUGUAUUUUAGACCUAGAACAAAAUUUAAAUCAGUAGAGCUUGGGUAAUUUAUUACAGUCAAGUACAAUGAGACUGGUUGUAAAUGAAGCAUUGGUUGAUUACAAAUAAAUUACAUUGAAAUUACAUUGGUUCAAUAACCAGCAUAUUAUGGAGUGGUUGAAUUGGGGUGUUGAAAUCAAAGCAUGAAAAUAUACAGUCAAUGGAUUUAAAAUUUAUGUGAGAUUUAAUAGAUGCUUUUUAACAAUAUUAGUAGUGUGGAAUGUUAUGUAUUUUUCUUAAAUUACUAUUCCUUGCUUAAAUUUUAUCCAAUAAAUACUAUCUGUUCAUGUUGCAACCCCAUUUUUUAAAUACUUAUAAUUACUAUUACUUGCUAAAAAUUUUUUUUAAUACCAUAUUUACUAUCAGUCCAUUCUACUUUUGUACAUUUUUUACAGAUUAUUAAUUACCAUUACUUGUUAAAAA